GUAAAAUUCUUCAAGGUUUACGUUGUUUCACAAUUACCACAAUUUUCAGGGUAAUUUUUAAGAGAAAAUUCUCUGCGUGUACUAAUGACAUUUCCCUCAUUAUAAAAAUUAUAUUAUAAAAAUCGAAUUAAUAACCUGCAUUAAUAAAUAUUUUAUUUUUUUUAUUCCACCUUAUAAUUUUGUUUUGAUUUCGAUUAAAACAAACGAUGCUAUCAGUGGCAUAUUUCAUUGCUUAUCUUGACAUUGUAAUCAACUUCAUCUCUUAAAUGUUCUGUCAAUUUACGUGUGAAAGUCCCUUGAGAAACAAUUCGCUUUGCAUGUAUGCGUGCAUGCUGAAAAAUCUGAAAUCGUAAAGUAUCAUUUUUCAUUUUAAAAUUUCUCGACACUGACUUCACAAAUUUUAUUCAGAAUGGUCACAAUCGUAAGUAUGUAUCAACACUAUAUUUACUUAUAUUGCGUAAUUUUUGCGUAAGUUUUAAAAUAUUUUAAUCAAAAAUUUAUUUAAUGUAUAAAUUCUAGCUGUCUAAGUUUAAUAGUGCCACGACAUUGUACACGUUACACGACCUGUCAAUUUUUUCUAUGUUAUUUUACUUAUAAAAAAUCAAACGUUAGAUUCUCACAACAAACGUCAUAAAUUAAUUAAUUUAAUAUCAAAAGAUUGAUUUUGUAUAUUACACAACAAUGGAUAAAAAUUACAAAGUGAGUAAAUUCAUUAUAUGGUGACUAGGAAAUCAUAAAUAUUCUAGUAAAUUUAUUCACUUUUGUAAUUUUCACUAAAUAUAUGAUUGAUCCCUAGAUCAUCGUGAUAAUAGUUGAACAUCAUUUUGCCACUAUCUGUCAUCGUUUACACGUCAAUCUAUUAAUCAAAGCUCAUCGAUUCUGAAAUUUUCAAAUGAUUUGGAAUACCUUGCGGAAAAAUAUUACAUUAACCAAUUGUAUUCAAGUACUGAUUUAAUCAAAGUCGAUUUAAAGAGAAAAUUGUGAAAUGAAUGUCACCGAAUAUCGAAUGAGAACCCUCGCUUUUAUUAUGCCUCCGAGUGAAGGUCCGAUCUCGGGAUGGAAAGGAUGUGCUCUUCGAGUUACGGUGCUCGCAGUAGGAUUCGGAAUUUACAUUUUGUUGUUCAAGAAGAAGAAUUUAUCCAGCGGAAGAUUGAGUUUACAGAGAACUCCAAAAAUUCCAAUCGAACCAGAUGACAAUUUAAAUACCGAAUUAAAAGAACUCAGCGAUGAUAGAUCCGUAGUAACAGACAAUGGUGAAGUCUGCCCCAUCUGUUUGGGAGAACCGAAGAUUGGUGUGAGACCUCUUUGCGGUCAUUUACUAUGUGCAGAAUGCCUAGCAAAUUAUUGCGAUGUUAGAAUCACACCUGCGCCGCCACCUUGCCCAUUAUGCAGAGCACCGUUGAACUCAGUGGCCUUGGCCUGUGACUUUGCUAUCUUAGGUCCUAAAAUGAUAGACCCAGACACUAUUAUGGUGCAAGAUUGGAUACGCAAAUAUAAUAAUCAUCGAGGUUUAGUGACACCGGUAUGGCCGUUUUUGACAACGCGACUUGUCCUUUUCUUUAAUAUCUUGACUUUUUUUCUGAUUGUCGGACUGCUCGCCACGAGACUUCAGAUAAUAUCCUGGGAAAAUUGAACGUUACAUAUGUGCUUGCAUUACCGAUAUCGAUAAUUGUGUUAAUUAUACGCGUCUAUCAAAAGUCAAGGUUAGUUGCAAGACGAGCGAAUUUGAAUUUACUGGUAUGUUUCAGAAUGUACUAUUGUACUUGUACAUCUUGCGGUUUUCAAGGAAGUUAAAAUUUAUUUAUUAUGCUGUUAAAUACACAUUGAUAUUAAGAAAUUUGUUGCAACCUUUGUUUAAAAAUUAUUAAUUAAAUUUUUUUAUUUCAGAAAAAUAGUCAAGUUCUUCUUAAGGAAACAUUAAAAGUAUGAAUUAUAAAAACAUCUUCAAUUGACAUGCAAUAAUUUUGACCACUAUAUUGUAUAUUUCGUGUGGAAUAAUUAAUACCUUGUCAGUAAUAUUUUAAUAUGUUAAUCAAUCCAAAACAAGAUUCACAAAAAAUAACAGCAAAUUUUUUUAUCAUUUUUCUUCUGUAAUCUACUAUAUUUAUUUUUAAAUGUAUAAUGUGUCUGUAAAUAUAAAAAGUGAUAUAAAAUGUGUAUAACAGAUUUUUUUUCAUGUAUUAACGAUAAAUAAAAUAUGUAAAUUUAAUAAAAUUAUAUCACAAAAAACGAACAAUAGUGUCAGCACUGUGAACUGCGAAAAUGCUGGUCAAGCGAUAUAUGAAUUCUAUUCGCCAAGCGGGUGCAUUAUGCAAUUGCAUGUUCUUGUACUCUUAAAUUUUUGCCGGGCAGGAUCGAUUAGUGGAUGGGAUUUCGGACCUGCAAGCACACCACAUAUAGAACGUUCUAGCUUGCGUUCUAAACAUUAAGUAUUAAUUAUUUUAUUAAACAAUUUUUUAAUCCAACCGCUGGCCCUUCAAUAGGAAGUAUGAUGUGUUAGCAGUUCUGAUUGUAAUUUUUUCGCAAUUCUUAAGAGUAUGUAAAACUCUUAUAAAGAGUGAACUUUAACUCUUAUGGAAAAUUAUGAAAUGGAAAAUUACUCGAAAAAUUGUAGUGGAAGUAUUUUCAUUCUAUAAAUUGUUAAUUUUUGGGGGGGAAUCGGAUUUACUACAACAAAAUACUGCAAUUGCAGAGAGUAUCAUAUAUAUGAGAAUACUUUCCGGAGUAGAUUCUCCGCAGCGUUAAAUCUGGCCUUCACGGAAAUAUCGAUGUCCUUGAACUUAAUUGCUAUACUAGAGCAAGUGCGAUCGAUCGAAUUCAAUCGAAACUCAACUGUGGUAAUCUAAACUUUAUUACAUAUUCUGAAUAAAUUUCUGUAAUAGUUAUCUAUCGUUGUAAUUUAUUAUAAUAUUCAAGAAAGACAUGGAAUAUAGGUUACUACUAUCAGUUAAUGUUAAUUAAUAAAACGUCUUGAUUCUAUUUUUUUUAAUUAACAAAAUGUUUUUUUCCAUUAAAAAUUAUAUAUCAGAAGAAUCCAAAGGUUUUGUUUUUACUUAUUAAAUUAUAUUAUUCCUAUAUCGAUCGAUUUUCACUUAAUAUUGUUUAUUUCACUAUAGUUGUACACUUUAAUGCAAAAUAGAAUUCUCAUAAUAGUUUCUUAUGUUUAAUAGAUUUAUAUGCUAAUUUUUUAAUAUACUUUCUUAACAAAUAAAACGUUUUUAAAUGUCAGAAUCAGAUUUAGUAUUUAAAACUUGUAUAAAAAAACCAUCUUUCUUUAGUUCCAAAAGCUAAAAAAUCGUCUUAAUCUCUAAAUUCCAAUUAAUAUAUUAUCACUGAUUUGUGCACCGAGAAAAAGCUUUUUGUUGCCAAAACAAAAGCAAGGAUUGCUUAGAAGGAACAGUUACCAUUGUAAAUUAUUUCUCAUCAUUUGUUAUUUUAAGAAACAUAUUGUCUAAGAUACAAAUCACAUUUGUUCACUUAGAGUUCAAUGGCUACAACAGCAAAUCACAUUUCUUCACUUGGAGUUCAAUGGCUACAACAGCAAAUCAAACGUAACAAAUCAUUUGUUCUCACAAUAGAGUUAUUUGUUGUCCCACAAUAAUGUCAGCAAAUCAUUUACUACAGUAGUUUCUGUCUUGUUAAUUUAACAAAAAUAUUUAUCUCAGUGUGUAUACUUAUAACUGUGAUAAUUAGUGGGUAUUUACUGUCUUUUAGUGAUUUUUGCUUUAAAAAUAAAAUCACUGAAAGAUCAAUGUAUUUUUAGUUCACUAAUUAACAAGUUAUAAAUGUACCAUUGAAAAUCAGUGUAUUUUUGAUGAUAAUGUUUUUGGUAGUUAUACAGAUUAGAAAUAUUAAAUAAGAGUAAGAUUAUAUUAAAAUUAUAUUAUAUUAAAUAAAAAUAAGAUUAUAUUAUAUAAGUAUAUUUAUAGAAAUAUUAAAUAAUAAGUAUCAAUAUUUCUUAUUUAAUAAAACUCUAGAUGUUGAAAGAAAUCAAAUGCCCUAUUCAGAACAAUUCGGACUUCAUAUUAAUUUUGAUUAAAAAACUAUUUUUUUUAAUUAAAAAAAAUUAUAAAAUUUAACAUCGACCAUUAACUCAUACAUCAAAAAGAAGCCAUGAGCGCUCGUUCUAUUAUUUUUCGAUUUUAAUUGAAAGAGCAGUCGCUAUGUUGACGAUUGCACAAUCUAAUAUGAACGUACUUUUUGUGAUAGAAUUAUUGUAGAUACACUUUGGCGGACGCCCGCCUGAACAUUGAAAACUAAAUAUUAAAAACUAGAAUCAUCGAAGUGACAUUUUUCACAGAUUCUAUCUCGAGAUCUCGGGAUUAAUUGCACCGAUUUUAUUCGGACUGGUCGCAAUCAAAAAAAUUUGUAUCAUUAUAUGAUUAAU